UCGCCCCUGCGUCGGCGCGUCCUGCGGCGUCUCCGGUCCUCGCAGUCCGCUCGGAGCCGCGAGUCAUGACGACCAAGGCCGUGUGCGUGCUGCGCGGCGAGGGCGACGUGCGGGGCGACAUCCACUUCGAGCAGAAGGGGAGCGGGCCCGUCACCGUCACGGGCUCCAUCUCGGGACUGACCCCGGGCGAGCACGGCUUCCACGUCCACCAGUUUGGAGACAACACCCAAGGCUGUACCAGUGCAGGUCCUCACUUUAACCCUCUGUCCAAGAACCACGGCGGGCCGAAGGACGAGGAGAGGCAUGUCGGGGAUCUGGGCAAUGUGAAGGCGGAAGCGGACGGUGUGGCCACGGUGUUCAUCGAAGACUCCGUGAUCAAGCUCUCGGGAGAACAUUCCAUCAUCGGCCGCACAAUGGUGGUCCACGAGAAGCAAGAUGACCUGGGCAGAGGGAACAAUGACGAGAGCAAGAAGACGGGCAACGCGGGGAGCCGCCUGGCCUGCGGGGUGAUCGGGAUCGCCCAGUGAGCGGCCGGUCCUGUCUCCUAUUUAACCGAUAAACAUUAAACACUUACCUCCGCGGUGUGAUCUGUGUCUUUUCUUAAGACUGCUUUAAGUUCCUGUAACGUGAGUUACGGUCACUUGGAAGAUUUGUAUGAUUGUGUAAAUCUCCUAUUCAAUUAAAAUGUGUUUCAAUGA